AUGUUCCUCUUUGACUGGAACACACGGGGGGCCCCCCAGGGGGCCCCCUCGGGGGCCCCCUCGGGGGCCCCCCAGGGGGCCCCCCCAGGGGCCCCCCAGAGGGCCCCCUCGGGGGCCCCCCCAGGAGCCCCCCAGGGGGCCCCCCAGGGGGGCCCCCCGGGGGGCCCCCUGGGGUCUUUUCGAGGGCCCCCUCAUGGGGGGCCCCCCUAUUGGGGCCCACAGCCACGGCUCUCCUCAUCUGCUGCUCCUGCAGCCCUGGGGGCCCCCUCUGGGGGCCCCCCUGGGGGCCCCCCGGGGGGCCCCCAGGGGGCCCCCCUUUGCGGCUUUUAUGGGGGGCCCCCCGAGGCCCACAGUGCCCUAAACCCUUCCUCAAGAGGGGCCCCCCAAGGGCCCUGGGCCCCGUGGGAAAGGAGCUACGGGGGGCCCCCUGUGACUGCCCAGCAGCAGCAGCAGCAGCAGCAGCAGCAGCAGCAGCAGCAGCAGCAGCGGCAGCAGCAGCAGCAGUACGUGCAGCAGCAACGGCUUUUGGAGCCUGCAGCACAUCAGCAGCAGCGGCGGCAGCAGCAGCAGCAGUACAUGCAGCAGCAGCUGCUUUUCGAGUCCCCGCCCCAGGAGCAGCAGCAGCAGCAGCGGCAGCAGCAGCAGCAGCAGCGGCAGCAGCAGCAGCAGCAGCAGCAGCAGCAGCAGCAGCAGCAAUCCGAAAUUGACUUUUUGCAGCAGCAAUGCCGCGAGUCCCUGGGGGCCUCUUUGAGAAUUGUCGGCGAAACAAACCAAACCUCCCAAGCCACUGCGAUGGAACUCGCCGCGCAGUCAGAGCAGCUGGAGCGCAUUGCGGACACAACUGAAGAAAUAACUUCGAAUUUAAAAACAACAAAAUAUUUGCUGCGGGGCAUUAAGAGUUGGUGGGGGGCCCUCGCGCAGGUUUUUGUGCAGCCUGCAGCAGCAAGCAGCAGCAGCAGCAGCAGCAGCAGCAGCAGCAGCAGCAGCAGCAGCGCGCGCAAGAGGCAGCAGCAGCAGCAGCAGCAGCAGCAGUGGCAGCGGGCGGGCGGCGCCGAGAGCAGCGGAAGUGGGGGGGGCGCGGUGGGGGAGCUGCAGCAGCAGCAGCUGCAGCUGCAGCAGCAGCAGCAGCAAGUGCAGCAGCAACGGGACCUGCUGCUGCAGGGCAGGGGAGGCGCAGCAGCAGCAGCAGCAGCAGCAGAUACCUUCGAUGAAGAAAUCGAGAGAGACCUUCAUAAGCUUUCCACCAUGCUGACGGAGCUGGAGGGAAGGGCCUCGGAAAUAAAUCGGCAGCUGCAGCAGCAAAACGAAACCCUCGGCUUAAUUGCUGCUGGAGUGCAGCAAAACAAAGUCGAGAUGGAGAAGCAGCAGCAAGAAAUCAAACGCGCCAUCAAGCGCUGA